UAACUUUCAAAACUCAUUCUCAAAUCAUUCCUCAAUCCGAGUCAAUCGCCAACAUGAUGAAAUUAUACAUUGCUCUUGCUGCCAUUCCGGGAAUUUCACUGGCUAUCCCAGCCCCAGUUCCUCAAUCGAGCGACCCAGUCCGCAUCCUUCCCCCACAGUGGGAAUUUACGCUCGCCUCUUACGAAGGACCUGGUUGCCCCCAGCCUGACGGAAAAGACAGAGAAACACGGCUCACCUAUGGCCAGAAUACUGUGGACGGCUCUGAGAUCUACUAUUGGUUUGCUGCGUACCCUAAGAUCAAGGCGGCAGUUGGGGACGAUGUCGACGAGGCGCAUUCUUGGUGCGAGACUACGAUCGACUACCAGGAGUUCACCACCUACGAAAAAGAUAAACCUGCAGCAGAUUACAACUUCCGCUUGCACAAGAAUGCGUCGAGAAUCAUCUCGACCUAUGAUCUAGAGGAAGGUGUCACUGCCGAGUGGAAGUUCUCGUACAAGAUCAACGGCAAAGAGGUUGUCGACGAACUUUCCGUUGAUGGACCGAUCACCAAACUACCUUAUCAGUACGAACUCGCUACCGAAGCUCCUGAAGACUCGGAGCCCGUCCCAGCGUCCAAGUGCGGUGCAACAAGCUUCACGUACAGGACCGACUUGUAUGUGAAGGCCAACAAGGAAGGCGCAAAGGGUGUAGUGCAGGGCGAACUCAUCACUCAAACGGAUGGAUCGAAAUUCAACUAUGGCAUUCAGCAAGGCUUCAGCUAUGACUUUCAGAAAUGCACCAAGUAGUGUGGAAGCCUUUUGCUUCACACUGCAGGUCCAUGAACGGAGGCGAAGACCAUAUGAAGAGUUAUGGCUCAAAUCAAAGACCAGCAGACUAUGACCGGAACCUGUUAUCUUAUAGGGCUUCGCUAUAUGAUCGUUCUUCUCCUUGCUAGACAUCAAUAUCAAGCAUAUAGUUGGACAAAUAUACACUGGCUGUCAGAGAUGGUACAAAGUGAGUGAAGCUCAUGAAUCGAUCGAUUGACUUGAACUAGCAUUGACCUAUGAUCUCACUUCGUCUCAACGUCUCGUCUAGUGGAUCACUCGUUCGUGUUCUCGGUAGCAGGGGUAUUCAAGCAUGAUUUAAUGACUGUUCAGUAACUGCCCUGUCGCAACGAAUCAUGACUAAGGGGCAAGCCCAUCCAAUUGAUCAUUGGUUGAAUAAUUCCUUGGCUGUUCCAGCCAGGGCUUCAGCCAACCUGUUGACCAUGCACCUGUUUUUGCUU